AUUUCCAUGCCAUGUGUGCAUCAAGGGCUGGCUACCGAAUGGAGUUGCACAUUUCGGAGAAAAAUGAUAAACAGACAACAAAAAUGGUUUUCUAUUGUGCUUAUCACAGGGCUCCCAAUCCAGACACUGUUUUGAUUAUGCAAACCCCUCUUGGGGUCAUUUCAACUAAAAGUCUUCUACAAACUAAGAAAAAAACGGGUUCCAGGCUAAUUUCCUCUAGAAGAACAAAGAUUAUGAAGAGCUUGGGCACGAUGGUAACAGAACAGUUGCUAAUGGUGUUGACAAGGAAGGGCCAGUGCUUUCAAAGCUUGGUUCAAGUUCCACAGCUAAGCUUCACCCCAAAAAUAGAGCUCAAAGUGAGUCCAAACCAACCAACAUGCCACCUACUAGUGUUAUGACAAGACUCAUCUUGAUCAUGGUUUGGAGGAAGCUGAUUAGGAAUCCCAACACUUACUCUAGCCUAAUUGGCCUCACAUGGUCUUUGAUCUCAUUCAAGUAUGCAAUCUUUACUCAUUUUAAUUGUUGUUAUACUUAACUAAUGUUUUAAUCUUAGACUUAGGAAUUGUUAACUUUCUUAGGAAUUGUUUCUUAAUCCCAAUACUUACUCUAGCUAUUAUUUGCACAUUGC